ACAAGGCUUCGCUCCAUCCUACCGAAGGACCCCCUCCGCGUCGCCAAAGGCGCGCCCAAAGCGAGCCAUGGGUGCCCAGGAAAGCCACGCCCUGCCCUCGCCCGGCGGAUCGCCGAGCGGCUCUCGCUUGCUGGGGUCAGAGCUCGCGCCCCGAGAGCUCGUGCGCCAACAUCGCCUGCGCCGGGAAACCCAUGGCCAGGCCUACGACUCCGUGACUGUGACCAGUGAGGUGAAGUCGAAGGAGUCGACGGACUUCAAGCAUCUCUUCUCAGGCACCGGGCGCAAGCACCAGCUGGAGGUUCAGAUCAUCUCCGCCCGCGGGCUCCGCAACGCGGAUUGGUUCGGCACCUCGGAUCCCUACUGCGUCUGCAAGGUGACUGGGACCGAGGCGUCAUUUCAGACUCGCACCAUUGAUGAGACCACAGAGCCCCACUGGGAGGAAACGACCACCCUAGACUUCUAUGAGGGCGACACGCUGGUGUUCUCCAUCUUCGACGCUGACGUCGGCAAGGAGGAUGACUUUCUGGGCAUGGUGGAGGUGCCUUCGUGCACGGUGCUACCCGAUGGUUUCGAGGGGGAGCUGAGAUUGAAGCAGACCUCCGCCUCCGGCACCGAUGAGGUCGAGGCCUAUCUCAAGCUUUUGAUCACCAGCAAGGCGCACCACGACGGCCGCCCGCCCGUGCGCCCGGAAGUUCCCCAGAGGCUCUAUGUGACGGUGCUCCAUGCCAAGAACCUCAGAAAUGCAGACCACGCCCCGGGCGCCGGCGUUUCCGACCCGUACGUGACCUGCAGCUUGACGGAGGAUGAUGUCGUCAAGGCCUCCUUCAACACGGAGACGAAGAAGGAUACUCUUUCGCCGGUCUGGAACCACACGGACAGCUUUGCUGGCUUCAAGGAUGGCAUGUGCUUGCUCUUCGAGGUUUGGGACCAGGACCCCUUCUUGCGGAAAGAUGCGCUGGGCAGCGCCAGGAUCAGCUUUUCGCAGCUGGCCGCGGCCUUCAAGAAGGAAUCGAUGUUCUUGAAAGACCUGCUGCUCGAAGACUCAGGCUCACGGCAGGCUGGGCUCAGCGUGCGCGUGGCCACCGCAGCGGUGGAGCUCACGAGGCUCCGGAAGCUGGCCACAGAGGAAGGCCUCGACCAGGCGUUGGAACAUCACCACGCGAUGAAGAAG